AUGACUGAAUACAAAUUACAAACCCCAGGUUUCGAUGCCAGAUUCCCACAACAGAACCAAACUAAGCACUGUUAUCAAUCUUACUUGGAUUACCACAAGUGUGUUGCAUUGAAAGGGUCUGAUUUUGAGCCAUGUAAAGUGUUUUGGCAUACUUUCCAGUCUUUGUGCCCUAACGAUUGGAUUGAAACAUGGGACGAUCAGAGGGCAAACGGUACUUUCCCUGGUGAUUUGUCUAUUGAACAGUUCAAGGAUGUGAAGAAGGACUGA